AUGUCCUGGUCGCAUGCAACCUUCCUUGUCGCUGUGCUCCUGUCACUGUCCUUAUCUCAGGAGGUAGACAGUGCAGCUGUCCCCGAUGAUAAGGGCACUACCAAGGCAACCGACCCGAGAGGUCCACUGAGGGAGAUCUUCAUGCCCGAGGCCGACGCAGCAAACUUCUUCAGACGCCGCAGCAGAAGAGCUGCCAAGUCUCAGGACGAAAUUGACGCUGAACAGAGGCAGGUGCUGGCUGCAGAUAAGCGGAAGAGAGAGAACCAUGAGGAACAGAGGAAUGAGUUUGAGAACUACGCUGAGGAGGAGCAUGACGAGCAAGACGAGAGGACACGGGAGAGCACCGAGCAGUGGCGAGAGUUCCACUAUGAUGGCCUGCAUCCCCCCCAGGAGUACAACCGCCAGUCUACCUGAGACAUCACCACCCUACUGGAGAACAGUGGUAUAACAGCAGGCAGGACACAGAGGGCUACGCCCCCUACUAUAAUAGUAAAUGUAACUUUUUAUAAUGUCAUGUAUGCUUCCAUAAAUACUUUGGAAAGACUUUAGGUAGGUGUUCUCUUUUAGAUAUACCUUAUAAAUAAUAUUUUUAAAGAAACAAAUUAAUGUUAUUCUUCUGUACUAGUUUGAACGUUUGCAUGUGUGUUGCAUUUUCGCAUGUUGUGUGACUAUACAAUGAUGUAGAUUUGAACAUGUUUAUACUUAUAUACAGCUUUAGUCUGAAGUUUACAUACACUUAGGUUGGAGUCAUUAAAACUCAUUUUU